AUGGGAAAUAAACAGUCGACAAAGAGAAAGUAUAACGACAAUACUUCUUCUUCCUCGUCGUUAUCUUCAAUAUCAUCAUUAAUCCCUACAAUAACUAUCGCAAUUCCACCUCUAGACUUUCCCCUACAAAUAGAAGCCGCACCAACACCACGUCCGAAAAAUUCAUCACUAUUCUGCAAUAUUACACCCGAGCUGUUCAUCAAAUUUUGCAAAUACUUGCAUGUCGAUGACCUUUUCGCGCUGUCACAAGUAUGUUAUCGAUUUCAGUUGUUGCUUUGUAGUAAAGAUUCGGAGAUGACACAAGGUAUUUGGAGACGUGCGCGAUUAGUUUGGUUACCGGAAAUUGCACUUGCACCACCGUCGGAUUUGUGUGAAAAGACGUAUAUUGAGUUGUGUUUGUAUGAACGUGGUUGUCAGUCGUAUUGGACCGGUGAAAAACUACCCGUCCAAGAAAUCAGUCCGGUGCUUCGUAAUCAUCCGAUGUUCAAUGAUCGUCUUUACUGGUUCCCACAAUUCGAACAAAAAGUCAGCGAAUGGAAAAGAAUUGGCACAGUUAAAGGACGCCGUCAAUGGGAAAUUCGUCAACGUAUUAAAUUCAUUGAAAUUGAACGUGACUUGAUUCUACGUGAACGUAAAUCUGCCGAGCAAGCCGGACUUGUUGAACAUCCUGCUUUAAUGUGUUAUGAUCAACGAGAUGCGCAAUUACGAUUCUGUGAUGAAUAUUUUAGGCAAUGGUUGGUUUAUGAUCAACAGCAGAAAUUACCAAAGGGCGAGAAAGAUGAGAAACGUGAAGUACAACAGAAACACCAAUUUGAACUUAUCAAAAAACAACAAAAAAUCAUCAUUCAAAAGCAACAAAUAAUUAAGCAAAUGACGAUGAACAACAGCAAGAUUGUUACUAAUAUAAAUACUGUUAAUCAUAUUAAUAAUCUUAAUAGUCUUAAUAAUAUUCCGACACAAACUAUCGUAGCAUAA